CGCUCUGUCCCCCGCGCCUACGCCCCGCCGAGCCCCCAGCUUCCCCACCGUAGCUCAGACCCAGGGCGCGGCCGUAACCAGCACCAUGCCCUCGGUAGCCCUGCUGCUCCUUCCCUCGCUGCUGGCGCUCCUGGCUCACGGACUCUCCUCAGAGGCCCCAACCACGGGGGAAGGGCAGGCCCCAGGCAUCGAGGAGACGGAUGGGGAACUGACAGUGGCCCCCACGCCUGAGCAGCCGGAGCGAGGCGUCCACUUCGUCACAACAGCCCCUACCCUGAAACUGCUCAACCACCACCCACUGCUCGAGGAAUUCCUACAAGAAGGGCUAGAGGGGGGCGAGGCAGGGCUGAGGCCGGCGCUGCCCUUCCAGCCGGACCCACCUACACCAUUCACCCCCAGUCCCCUUCCCCGCCUGGCCAACCAGGACAGCCGCCCUGUCUUCACCAGCCCCACUCCGGCCAUGGCCGCGGCACCCACUCAGCCCCAGUCCAGAGAAAGACCCUGGAGCCUGGAGUCAGAGGCUCCUGUGCUUCGUAUCACAGCUCCCCUGCCUCCAGUGCCCACCCCAGGCCCAGGGGAAAGGCCCAGUACUACACCCCCUAGCAGAGCAUGGACUCCAACCCAGGAGGGUCCUGGAGACAUGGGCAGGCCAUGGGCUCCAGAGGUUGGGCCCCAGACCACUGGACUUGGGAUGGAGGGAACUAUCGCCACUUCUACAGCUUCAGGGGACGAUGAGGAGACCACCGCCACCAUCGUCACCACCACCAUCACCACCGUCCAGCCACCAGGCCCUUGUAGCUGGAAUUUCUCAGGCCCAGAGGGCUCUUUGGACUCCCCCAUGGCCCCCAGCUCACCUAUUGAUGUCGGCCUGGACUGUUUCUACUACAUCUCCGUCUACCCUGGCUACGGCGUAGAAAUCAAGGUCCAGAACAUCAGCCUCCGAGAGGGGGAGGUGGUGACUGUGGAGGGCCUGGGGGGGCCUGACCCGCUGCCCCUGGCCAACCAGUCUUUCUUGCUGAGGGGCCAGGUCAUCCGUAGCCCCACCCACCAAGCAGCACUGAGGUUCCAGAGCCUCCCACCACCUGCUGGACCUGGCACCUUCCAUUUCCACUACCAAGCCUAUCUCCUGAACUGCCACUUUCCCCGGCGUCCUGCUUAUGGAGCUGUGACUGUCACCAGCCUCCACCCGGGAGGCAGCGCCCGCUUCCGCUGUGCCACUGGCUACCAGCUGAAGGGUGCCAGAAUCCUUACUUGUCUCAAUGCCACCCAGCCCUUCUGGGAUGCCCAAGAGCCUGUCUGCAUUGCUGCCUGCGGUGGAGUGACCCGCAACGCCACCACCGGCCGCAUCGUCUCCCCGGGCUUCCCGGGCAACUACAGCAACAAUCUCACCUGCCACUGGCUGCUCGAGGCUCCCGAAGGCCAGCGGCUGCACUUACACUUUGAGAAGGUUUCCCUGGCGGAGGAUGACGACAGGCUCAUCAUCCGUAAUGGGGACAAUGUGGAGGCCCCUCCAGUGUAUGAUUCCUACGAGGUGGAGUACCUGCCCAUCGAAGGCCUGCUCAGCUCCGGCCGACACUUCUUCGUGGAGCUCAGUACUGACAGCAGCGGGGCAGCCGCAGGCAUGGCCCUGCGCUAUGAGGCUUUCCAGCAGGGCCACUGCUAUGAGCCCUUUGUCAAAUACGGCAACUUCAGCAGCAGCGCCCCCUCCUACCCCGUGGGCACCACUGUGGAGUUCAGCUGUGACCCUGGCUACACCCUGGAGCAGGGCUCCAUCAUCAUUGAGUGCAUUGACCCCCACGACCCCCAGUGGAAUGAGACAGAGCCAGCCUGCCGAGCUGUGUGCAGUGGGGAGAUCACAGACUCAGCUGGUGUGGUGCUCUCCCCCAACUGGCCGGAGCCUUACAGCCGUGGGCAGGACUGCAUUUGGGGCGUGCACGUGGAAGAGGACAAGCGCAUCAUGCUGGAUGUCCGAGUGCUGCGCAUAGGCCCUGGUGACGUGCUUACCUUCUACGAUGGGGACGACCUGACAGCCCGGGUCCUGGGCCAGUACUCAGGGCCCCGUGGCCACUUCAAGCUCUUUACCUCCAUGGCCGACGUCACCAUACAGUUCCAGUCAGACCCUGGGGCCUCGGUGCUGGGUUACCAGCAGGGCUUUGUCAUCCACUUCUUUGAGGUGCCCCGCAAUGACACCUGUCCGGAGCUGCCUGAGAUCCCCAAUGGUUGGAAGAGCCCGUCUCAGCCUGAGCUGGUACACGGCACAGUGGUCACUUACCAGUGCUACCCCGGCUACCAGGUGGUAGGAUCCAGUGUCCUCAUGUGCCAGUGGGACCUAACCUGGAGCGAGGACCUGCCCUCCUGCCAGAGAGUGACUUCUUGCCACGACCCCGGGGACGUGGAGCACAGCCGACGCCUCAUAUCUAGCCCCAAAUUUCCUGUGGGGGCCACCGUGCAGUACAUCUGUGACCAGGGCUUUGUGCUGACGGGUAGUGCCAUCCUCACCUGCCACGACCGGCAAGCCAGCAGCCCCAAGUGGAGCGACCGGGCCCCUAAAUGCCUCCUGGAACAGCUCAAGCCAUGCCAUGGCCUCAGCGCCCCUGAGAACGGUGCCCACAGUCCUGAGAAGCGGCUACACCCAGCAGGGGCUACUGUCCACUUCUCUUGUGCCCCUGGCUACGUGCUGAAGGGUCAGGCCAGCAUCAAGUGUGUGCCCGGGCAUCCUUCACAUUGGAGUGACCCUCCACCCAUCUGUAGCGCUGCCUCUCUGGAUGGGUUCUACAGCGGCCGCAGCCUGGAUGUUGCCAAGACACCUGCUGCCUCCGGCACCCUGGAUGCCGCCCACAUUGCAGCUGCCAUCUUCUUGCCAUUGGUGGUGAUGGCGCUCUUGGUGGGAGGUGUGUACCUCUACUUCUCUAGGCUCCAGGGGAAAAGCCCCCUGCGGCUGCCCCAAACACGACCCCGCCCCUAUGACCGCAUUACUGUGGAGUCAGCAUUUGACAAUCCAACUUACGAAAUUGGAUCUCUUUACUUUGCAGGAGACGAAAGAAUAUGAAGUCUCCAUCUAGUUGGGGCAGCCUGGAGGAGUCAGCUCAGCCCAGCAUCACAGCCCAGCAGCAGAGUUUCCAGCCUCCUGCUGUCCCUACACCUCC